CCAUUUUUUAAUCGUUUCUUUAUUGGUACGAGUCUGACCUACUGAUUCAUGUUUGACCGUAGUGUUUGACGUUUGUUUAGUGUUUAUCGAUUUCGAGAUUUGAGUUUCGACUUGUAGUUUUAUACCUUCAGAGUAAAAGUGUUCUGUGAUACCUUCACAGAUGAUAGAUUGUUUUGUUCGUACGUCUUUAUUUAUUCCAAAUUUCAACCACUAAUGUUGAUGGUUGGACUUUAGUUUUGUUGUUGUUUAAAUUGUAAUUUAAAGGCUUUAAAAUGGGCAAAGGAUUUAAUAACUACAUGUGCAAAAAGUUUUUCCAUCCAGCUUCCAGGGACAAUCUUAAAAGGGUAUGGAUGGCAGAACAGAAAACUGAAGCCUAUAAGAAAAAACAAGAAGAAUUAAGAGUCCAGUAUGAAAAAGAGCAGGAACUUCAUGAAAAUAAAGCUUUACUCAGCAAGGAUAGUAAAGACAAAUUGAGCUUAAACUUCAUGUAUGAGCCACCACCAGGUGUUAAGAAAGAAAGAGAACGUGAAGAUAAUGAGCCAGAAUACAAAUUUGAGUGGCAACGAAAGUACAAUGCCCCAAGAGAAAGUUAUUGCAAAGGUGAUAAUGAGAUAAGAGACCAACCCUUUGGAAUAUUGGUCAGAAAUGUGAGAUGUAUCAAAUGCCACAAAUGGGGUCAUAUAAACACAGACAAAGAAUGUACAAUGUACACUCUAUCGAUGAGUGAGGCGCGGGCAUUACAAGCCUCUGCUUCUGCUCCGCAAGAGGAAGAAGAAAAACCAGAUGUGCCAACACUGAUGCAACAAAUGCGUGAUACAGGUUUAGUGAUGAAACCAGGUGCUCUACCUCUUGCUGCUACUAAGAUUGAAGAUAACGAACCUUCGACUCUGUCAGAAACAGAUCUCUUAAGUCAAUUGACUAAGAAACAAAAGAAGAAGUUAUUAAAAAAACUCGAGAAGCUGGAGAAAAAGAAGAGAAAGAAGCAUUAAAAAAUUAUUUUUUGAGUGAAUAAUUAAACAAGAACUCUGUAUAAUAGAAUGUCUGUCAUGUUUGUACAUCCUACAUUAAUGUGUUUCUUGCAUAUUUUGUUUACAUGUUCCCCAUACAUAUUAUGUAAUAUAUUGGUUAAUUGA